CGGCCCGUGCCUGGCACCGGCUGCGGCCCUGCUUCCAGCCGCCGUCAGUCCCGCGAGCGCUCGCCUCUCCUGCAGGGACUCGGUUGGCUCCAGCAUUCGGGCCCGAAGGCCAGAGCUGGGCCCCCUGGACCCCAAGGUGGGACCCCCCGUGACUGCCUGCCAUGAAGGUGCUCCUCCAGGUGCUCUGGCUUGCUCUAGCCUGCGGCUCUGUUCACACUACCCUGUCCAAGUCAGAUGCCAAAAAGGCCUCCACCAAGACACUGGUGGAGAAGACUCAGCUUUCGGAGAAGCCCGUCCAAGAUCGGGGUCUGGUGGUGACAGACCCCCGAGCUGAGGAUGUGGUCCUCGAGCAUCGCAGCUACUGCCCGGCGAAGGCCCGGGAGAGGCACUUUGCCGGGGACGUCCUGGGCUACGUCACUCCGUGGAACAGCCAUGGCUACGAUGUCGCCAAGGUCUUCGGGGGCAAGUUCACACAGAUCUCGCCCGUGUGGCUGCAGCUGAAGAGGCGUGGCCGUGAGAUGUUCGAGGUCACGGGCCUCCACGACGUGGACCAAGGGUGGAUGCGUGCGGUCAGGAAGCAGGCCAAGGGCCUACGUAUAGUGCCGCGGCUCCUGUUUGAGGACUGGACGCACGAGGACUUCCGGAACGUCUGGGACAGCGAGGACGAGAUAGAAGAGCUCAGCAAGACCAUGGUCCAGAUAGCCAGGAGCCAGCAUUUUGACGGCUUCGUGGUGGAGGUCUGGAGCCAGCUGCUGAGCCAGAAACAUGUGGGCCUCAUCCACAUGCUCACCCACAUGGCUGAGGCGCUGCACCAGGCCCGGCUGCUGGUCAUCCUGGUCAUCCCACCGUCCGUCACCCCUGGGACCGACCAGCUGGGCAUGUUCACACACAAAGAGCUGGAGCAGCUGGGCCCCGUGCUGGAUGGAUUCAGCCUCAUGACCUAUGAUUACCCCACCGCACAGCAGCCUGGCCCCAACGCACCACUGUCCUGGGUGCGAGCCUGUGUCCAGGUCCUGGACCCCAAGUCCAAGUGGCGGAGCAAGAUCCUCCUGGGUCUCAACUUCUACGGCAUGGACUAUUCAGCUUCCAGGGAUGCCCGCGAGCCUGUCAUUGGGGCCAGGUACAUCCAGACUCUGAAGGAGCACAGGCCCCGGAUCGUGUGGGACAGCCAGGCAGCAGAGCACUUCUUUGAGUACAAGAAAAGCCGAGGUGGGAAGCACACCAUCUUCUACCCGACGCUGAAGUCCUUGCAGGUGCGGCUGGAGCUGGCCAGGGAGCUGGGCGUCGGGCUGUCCAUCUGGGAGCUGGGCCAGGGCCUGGACUACUUCUAUGACCUGCUCUAGACCCAGCUCCAGAGCAGACAUGCUUUCUAAGCGAUGGAGCGACUUGUGAAAUACAGACUCCUCUCUCUUC